UUUUGGCGCCUGUGCGCUGGACUCGAGCGCUCCGAUUGGAGUUAGGGCCUGCUUGUCUGCGUGCUGCGAGGUCCGCGGCCGCCCCCGGGGCCCUAGUGGUUGGGUUCCAGGGUCCUUCACGUUCCAUUCCCAGGCUGGUCUGAGCUCCGGGGCUGUGGUCCCGCUGCCUCCUCCGGUCGUCGUGCGGAAGCUGCGACGCAGGCCUACCCGGGAGAGUUCUGCUUGGUGUCUAACUGAUGUCCUAAGGUCCCAGCCCUUCUCAGCUCCCAGGGCCUGAGGGCAGUGUCCCUCUCGCAGAACGUGAGGAACGUGGACUGGGCCCUAGGAGAUAUCUGCCUCCACUUCCCAAGUGCUGGCCCCCACCCAGCCACACACUUCAAGGCUGCCCACAUCUGCCCCUCACUGCUGCCUAUGCCAUCUUACAGGCAGACCAUGGCAGAGUUCUCCCAGAAACGGGGGAAGCGGCGUGGCGACGAAGGGCUGGGCAGCAUGGUGGACUUCCUCCUGGCCAAUGCCCGCCUGGUGCUGGGCGUGGGCGGGGCUGCUGUGCUGGGCAUUGCCACCCUGGCCGUGAAGCGGUUCAUUGACAGGGCCACUAGCCCGCAGGAUGAGGAUGACACCAAGGCAGACAGCUGGAAGGAACUGAGCCUGCUCAAGGCCACACCACACCUGCAGCCCCGGCCUCCACCUGCUGCCCUUAGCCAGCCAGUGUUGCCCUUGGCUCCCUCGUCGUCUGCCCCAGAAGGGCCUGCAGAAACUGAUCCUGAGGUGACACCACAGCUCAGCUCCCCAGCACUGCUGUGUCUGACACUGCAGGAGAGGCUGCUGGCCUUCGAGCGGGACCGUGUGACCAUCCCAGCAGCCCAGGUGGCUUUGGCCAAACAGCUGGCUGGCGACAUCGCCCUGGAGCUGCAGGCCUACUUUCGGAGCAAGUUCCCGGAACUGCCCUUUGGGGCAUUCGUGCCUGGGGGGCCGCUCUACGACGGGCUGCAGGCGGGGGCUGCGGACCAUGUGCGUCUCCUGGUGCCACUGGUGCUGGAGCCGGGCCUGUGGAGCCUGGUGCCGGGCGUGGACACUGUGGCGAGGGACCCUCGCUGCUGGGCCGUGCGCAGGACUCAGCUUGAAUUCUGCCCCCGUGGAAGCAGCCCCUGGGACCGCUUCCUGGUCGGGGGCUACCUCUCCUCCCGCAUCCUGCUGGAGCUACUCCGCAAGGCGCUGGCUGCCUCUGUCAACUGGCCGGCCAUUGGCAGCCUUCUCGGGUGCCUGAUCCGGCCCAGCAUGGCCUCGGAGGAGCUGCUGCUUGAGGUGCAGCAUGAACGCCUGGAGCUCACUGUGGCUGUGCUUGUGGCAGUCCCUGGGGUCGAUGCUGACGACCGCCUCCUCUUGGCCUGGCCCCUGGAGGGGCUGGCGGGGAACCUCUGGCUGCAGGACCUGUAUCCAGUGGAGGCAGCUAGGCUGCGAGCCCUGGACGACCAUGACGCUGGGACUCGCCGGCGGCUGCUGCUGCUGCUGUGUGCUGUCUGCCGUGGUUGCUCGGCUCUGGGGCAGCUAGGCCGGGGUCACCUGACCCAGGUGGUCCUGCGUCUGGGGGAGGACAACGUGGAUUGGACGGAGGCGGCCUUGGGUGAGCGCUUCCUGCAAGCCCUGGAGCUGCUCAUCGGCAGCCUGGAGCAGGCCAGCCUGCCCUGCCACUUCAACCCCAGCGUGAACCUCUUCAGCAGCUUGCGUGAGGAGGAGAUUGACGACAUUGGCUAUGCGCUGUAUAGUGGCCUACAGGAGCCUGAGGGGCUGCUCUAGGUGGGUGGGAACGGGUGGCUGCCAUGUUUUCUAAUGCUGGGGAGCUGCACCCACCUCCCUUCCAGGGAUUUGAAUAGUGGUUUUUCUCUAGCUUUUUGCCAGAACAAAAGAGGGUACAUUACUUAAACCCAGGGCAUCAGGAUGUGCUUGGGCUAUGGUGGCCAUAAACCCUGAGCCCAGAGAGCUUGGGUCACUGUCACCUGAGUGCAGCUGGGCUGCCUCAGGCAGCUUGGAGUGCCAGCCAUUCCUGCAAGCACCGUUUCAGCUCUUGGGGCCAACCCCAGGACCUUUGGCUCUGUCCAUCACCAGCAACCAAUCCACCAACAGAAUGUGGUUUCUGCCAUCCUGGGCAGAAGCCGAAGGCCAGCUUCACAUUUCUGCUGAGAGAAGGUGACUUAACACCUUUUCCGGCCCUAGCUCCAGGCGUUUUGAGGCGUCUGGUGCCUGAUGGUAGGUAUGGUGUGUUUCUUCUGUCCCCUAGGGGCUGGAGUCACCUGGUGCCCCUGAAGGACAGAUUUUUGGCUGUUAAAGGAUGGCAUUUUCCUGCUAUCUUCUGUGCGUUUAGUUUUCUUGCUGAGCAGGAGCUCAGUGUGACUUGCCACCCACCUGAUACCUCAGGGCAAGGCCCUUUUUCCCUCCAGCCAGGUGAGUAUUUUCUUCAGGCAGCUGAGGGUCCUGGGGGAGCUGAGGCUCUGUGCUGCGCCCCCAGCCCACAGCUGGGGCAUCUCAUUGGAGCUGUUCCAGGCCCCACUGGAGAGCAGAGGACCUGAUCCCCCACUAGAGAGGUCCGGUGCGCACAGCCGGCCUCCCAGUGUGCCAAAAUGAACUGCUCUCAGCUGAUGGCUGUAUUCUGACUUUGAAGCCUGUUAAGAGGUAGCAAGGGGGAUAGAGGAGGGAGAUUCCACCUCCCCUCCCAAGUGACCCUUCUCCUGCCUCUGGUAUCCUUCCUGCUGAAACGAAGCUCAGCUUCGAAGAUGUGAACAAGAAUAAAAGGAAAAAAUUCUAAUGUAUAUGUAA